AAGGAUUAAUCGUUUACAAAUAUCGCUCUUCGACAGACUACUACUCGGAUCAUCAUUACGGUACUGGCUGCACACCAUUCACGAAACUUCAAGAGGCUAAUAACGGCAGAGACAAGCAUCAGUGACCGUGUAGUUGAACUUUGUCCUUGAAUUAUUCGCUAGCCUUAGCUACGUCCGGCGUGGUCCUCCAACCGCCGUGGCCCAUCAACUAACAGCCAGUCGCUGCAGUUCACAUCAACAGUUCAUAUAAUAGCUGUCCCUGUCGAUGAUGGUUACCCUUCUUUCUCCAGCCUUGUCCAUGUCUACCUCCGACUCUACCCCGUUCUCUCAGUACCGUUCUCUCCGUCCGUCUCCAACACCAUCCUCAAGUUCUUCAUCAUCCGGUGGCUCCUUGAAUCAUGCAGAUGAAGGCGCGUCAUUCCGUUCUCCAGUCCGUUGCCUCGAGGCAGGUGUUUACGGCAGAACAGAAAAUCUCACCAUCACCGCGUCGCGUUCAUUGCUUGCGAGAAACAAUGGGAAGCGAAAGAGCCAUGAAGACAUUCGUCUCCUCGCCAUCUCCACACACAUCACCGAACUCUCGUAUAGUAUAUCGGACAUCCAGACGCGUAUAUUUGAAAUACAGGAACUACGGCAUAAAUCUCAGUCCUCAGGUGAUGCGGCCGCCACGACCAUCGUCAUCGACAAAGCUCUUAUGACUCUUGACGAACGCCUUGAGGCUGUCGCCCAUGGCAUGAAAUCCGUGUCUGAAUCUGUCACCCCCUUUCAGAACCAGUCCAAUGGUACCACCCCUGACUCCGAACAAGUUGUACUGGUCCGCAAGCAUGUAGUCCUCGUCACCGAGUGGGAGGCCGUACAGAGUGACACAGAUGUUCUCAGGGAGGAGUUGAAAGAGGAUAAAUGGCUUACUGUGUUCAGAACCGUCACAGAACAGGCAGACGGAAUGAUGGGAAGCUUAGAGAAGGCAGUCAAUCGUUGUCAGGAUUUUAUUUGGCAGGUACACAGGGGAAGUGCAGAAGAUUCACUCUCGCAGUCCUCAUACAGGGGCUCAGUUAGUUCAGACAAGAAUCCAUUGAGCAUCGAAGUAUUCAACGAGUUGCUCAGCUCGUUUGAAGCAAAGAAAAAGCAUUACGUCCCAGCCACGUCCAAGGUACUUGCAAUCAUUGACAAUGGCGUGCAGAACCGUGUCACGAAGAACGGGGAGACACUCCGACGUCACGGGGAAUCUGCUAAGAGGUGGCGGAUCCUCAAGGAGCGAAUGGCCAAGACAGAAAAAGAGAUGGAAGCCGUGCGAAAGAUCCUCACGGGUGGUGAUGUGGUGCCAAGCGAAUCAGGUUCCAUAACAUCGGGAUAUACAGCAAACGGGCUCCUUGCAACGCCCGCGAAUCGCUCUUCGAAAGGUCGUGCACCGAGUCGAGCAACGAGUUCUACGAGCACUCUUUCGCGGAGCAUAUCGCCACUGAGGAAGUUUGCAAGGAAGAUUGCUGGUCAUGUGCGGUCGCCUCCGGUCCCCGUCACUCCCUUGCCCGUAUCACGAGAAUUGUCUUCGGUGUCAAGAGACUCUUCACAAUCACAGGGUCCGUCAUCGGAGCCAGCUAAGGCUCUUCGACGACAACGCACCUCUAUAUUCGCAUUCAAUCGGUCUACCAGUGGUGCCCCACUUACACCAGAGAAGGAACACAAGUAUAGCCGCAGCCUCACGCCCGAAUCUUCCCCCGCCCCCAAACGCCUUGACCGUAUUGACGACCCGAAUUCAACCGUGAAACUGAAAACGUCUAAACAACCAUGGAACAGCUCAACAAAAGUACAAGCGCCGGAUCCUGCAGCGACCAUCAAGCCCACUCCUCCAAAGCGGCCAAACGCAAAGUCUGUCCUCAUCCCAGAAUGUGCCCCUCUUGUGCCGAGCACGCCUUCACGAAGGAGCCUCAGCCGUAGUUCAAAUGCGUCUUCGCGGCCUUGGUCUCCCGUAACCUCAUCUGCAUCCACAAACCCUUCUAUUCCACCUCUACAUCCACCAUCACGAGCUCAAACGCCCAGCCUUGGGGCGACACCACGCCCACGGCCCAAGACCCCAAGUCAAAUUCCCGCCCCCGCGGUACACUGGCGCCCCGUGUCUGUGCGGCAGUCUGAUACUGAUGACGACGAAGAGCUUACGACUCUAAUGCAGCGCGCAUUCUCGCCUCCGCAUGCCAAUACAUCUCCCAGCACGUUCUGUUCGUAUACCUCGAGCGGCAUACGCAUACCCCCACCACGCCCUCCAAGCCGAUCACAAAUACCCCUUCCCAGUGUGCACGUCUCCUCUGAAUCGCGUCCCUCGUCAACGAUGUCCUUCUACCGUCCCCAAAGCCCCCUUACUCCAGGGUCUCUCCUCAGGGCACAGACGCCCGAAUCACAAUUGAAAGCAAAAGCUCAACAGGUCCCGUUUUACGGGGGCGCAGGAAACAGCGGGAUGCGUACAUCUGCGCGGCAGACUGUCGCAGCGAAGCUCCCUCCUUCAUCGUUUCGUGAUUCGUCGACGACCCGGACGCCCAACUCGCGUCCCGGGUCGCGGUCAGGAUCGUACACACCCAUGGAGCGCGACCCAAUACACUUGUACGUCCCUGCGAGUGACAAGGACCCACUCGACGUGGAGGUGGCGGCGAUUGUGAAUGCGAUUCCGCACGGGCUGCUGAUUGAGCGUGUAGAUCCCCCGCUCAAGGCGCCGCCCAAGGAGGGAGAGGAGAUUAGGGCGUCGUAUGCGUUUUCGAAUAGUUUGAGUAGGAAAGUGGUGACUUGUAAGCUGACCACGCUGACGCGCUCCGGGGCAAGGGGUGGCGGGAUGUCGAAGAAGGUUAUGUGUCGGGUUGGAGGAGGCUGGCAAGAUUUGCAGUUCUACAUGCUCAACCGUCAGUCAGGCAUGUAGAUUUGAACAAGGAACGGAUACCCAUGCAUCAGACCUGAAUUAUUUUUUUCACUUUGCACUUUUUCAUAUUUCAUCAAUCACGAUUCAGAACCGUCGCACAUAGAGAAUCGCUAUUCGCGGAAUAAGUUCACUGUAUUGCAUCAUGAUUAUAUCCUCAUAUUCAUUACGUCCGCUUACGUUUCGUGCAGUUUUCUAAUUCUUG